UGAAAGCUAGUUCCUCUUGCGCCGGAGAUCGUGCGGGAGGGCCAUGGCUGCGGCGCGGAGCUCCAUGCAAAGCCUCCGGGAUGAAGCCUCUUGCCCCAUCUGCCUGGACUACUUCAAAGAGCCGGUGAUGAUCAUAACUUGCGGGCACAAUUUCUGCCAAGACUGCCUCGCCCGGCACUGUGAGCAGUCGAACCAGGGCGCCUUGAAGUGCCCCCAGUGCCGGGAGCCGCUUCACCAAAUGCGCUUCCGAACCAACCGGCAGCUGGCCAAUUUCGUGGAGAUCACUAAAGAGCUCAGCUUGGAGGCAAAGAGAAAGAGGGAAAGAGAAGAAGGAGGUGGCGGCGGCGGCACCGAGUGCGAGAAGCACCAGGAGCCCCUGAAACUUUUCUGCAAGGUCGACCGAGCCCUCAUCUGCGUGGUUUGCAAAGAGUCCCGGGAGCACAGGACUCACACGGUGCUUCCCACGGAGGACGCGGCUGAAGAAUACAAGCAUUGGAUUCAGAGCCAAGUAGCUGCUUUGAAGAAGAAGAAAGAUAAGAUUGUGGGGUCUAAAAGGAGUGGCAAAAUGGAAAGCCAAGAGCUGAUGAAUCAGACAGACAAUGAAAGGCAAGACAUAGUGUCUGAAUUUCAGCAGCUGCACCAACUGAUGGAGGAGAAAAAGCUUGUCUUGUUGGCACGGUUGGAAGAACUGGACAAAAGGAUUUUGAAGCGGACGGAUGAGCACGCCAGCAAGCUCUCUGAGGAAUGUACGUCUCUCAGUAACUUCAUCCAGGAGAUGGAAGAGAAGUGCCAACAGCCAGGCACUGAAUUUCUCCAGGACAUCAAGGGCACUUUGCAGAGAUGUGAGAUGGAGAUGGUGCAGAAGACCGCGGCUUUUCCGCCUGAAUUGAAACCGUUGGUCAAGGAAUUUUCAGACAUAAAAUUGUUUCUGCAGCAAGUUAUGAGCGAAUUCAAAGUGACCAUCCUUGCCAAAUAUCAGCUCUGCAAAGAAAAUGUGACCUUGGAUCCAGAGACAGCUCACCUCGACCUCUGCCUGUCCAAAGACCACAGGAACGUGAGACUCCAGAGCACUCAGCAGAAGCUGCCCAACAACCCGGAGAGAUUCGAUACUUGCACCUGCGUCCUGGGUCACGUGGAUCAUGAAGGAUUCAUCUCAGGAAUACACUGGUGGGAGGUGGAGGUGGAGGAGAGGGGCGUCUGGGCCGUUGGGGUUGCCGUGGAGUCUGUUAAAAGGAAAGGCCCCAUCACCUUCAGCCCUGAGGAGGGGAUAUGGGCUGUGGGGCAGCUGCUGGGAGGUCACUACCAAGCCCUGACCUCUCCAAAGCACUACCUGAUGUUAAACAGGAAGCUCCGGAGGAUCCGGGUGACUCUCGACUACGAAAACGAGCAGGUGACCUUUCUCGAUCCUGAUACCGAGUCCCCCAUCUUUACUUUCUCACCAGCCUCAUUUGACGGGGAGCUAGUCCUGCCUUGGUUCUGGGUUGGGGGGCUGGCGUCCCAGCUCAAAAUCUCUCUCUGAGAUCCCUGGAGCAUUUCAAGGGUAGGCCUCUCUCGCUGCCAGCAUCUCGCUCUCUGUCAUGCCUGAGGAUUCACGCUCUCUCUCUCUCUCCAUGGACGGAGAGCUUCUGUCAGUAAAGUUGUCAGCUGGCCAGGGGAGGGAAUAUGGCCUGUCCUGUGCUGGCUUGAUGUACAGAUCAUAACGAGGGGGUUGCUGGGCAGAGAUCAGCCAGUGGAGCCAAAUGUGAUCCCCCGACAGAUGCUGCAGAUCAAGCUUCUGUAAACCGCCCAGAGAGCCCCGGCUAUGGGAGCGGUAUAUAAGUGAAAUAAAUAAAGAAAUAAAUAAACUGCUCUUAAAGGGGCAGCUGCAGGUUCAGUUCGAAAGUUGGUGCUUCUACUCAAACACGAUUUGCAAGUUCUUUUGGUGUUACGUCUUACGGUAGGGAAGGCAUUCCAAGGGGAUCUUUUGUGUUGCCCUGCACAGGCCUGACACAGAGUGAAAGCAAAUGGGAGAGAAUCAGGCUGCUAUUUUCUGGACUAUGAGCUUCCAGUGUUGGAACAUCACAGGGUAGCAGCUGCCUCUGCUGUAGCUCUCCCAGUUGAUCCAAGUAUCCAUAUGCAGCUUGACCUUUGAGGACCUAAGUAGAGCUCUGCUGGAUCAGACCAAGGGUCCAAUCUAGUCCAGCAAUCUGUUCACACAGUGACCAACCAGCUGCCCAUGGGAAACCCACAAGCAGGAUGUGAGGGCAACAGCACCCUCCCACCCCAGCAACUGGUGCACACAGGCUUACUGCCUCUGCUACUGGAGGAAACACAGAGCCAUCGGGACUAGUAGCCUUUGAUAACCUUAUCCUCCAGAAAGUUGUCCAACGAAGCCUUUCGGGUCUGGUCAGAUAGAAAUGCAGAGAUGCCUCUAAAACCACAGUGGUGACAAAUAUGUGAUAUGGUGAAGGAGUAUUUACAAAUUUACAGUCUGUAAAAGGGAAAGACGACCAUGUUUUGGGUGCAUGAGUGUAAAGCAGGGAGAGAGAACUUGUGACCCUUCAGAUAUUGGACCUGAAUGUCCAUCAGCCCCUAACAGCCUGGUCAAUGGAUUAUGGGAGUUCUAAUUCAACAUCUUCUCCACCCCACAGUAAAAAAAAUAUGGCUUCCCUCACUAACUACCUUCACAGCCUCCCAUUGUACUGGGGAGGAAGAUGAACAAUACAUGGACAGCUAGCAAAGGUUCAAAGCCUAACCCUCAGGUAAAAGAAAGGUAAAGUCCUCUUCUUACUGGGAUAUAGAGGUGUUUUUCAGUCACAGAUUGAGCAUGGAGGCAAAAAGACAUCAACAACUUUUAUUCAAAGUCUUCCAAACAAUAAUGAGAAUACUCGGCUCAAGAAAACAUGCUAGUAACACUUGGGAGGAGAAUGACGAAGGCAUAAAAACAGAAAUGACUUUGAAUAAGAACACUCACAUAGGAGAAGCAUUAUUUAACCUUUAGCCACUGUAAGGUACCCAGGUUCAUGCUUCUUAGGACUAAGGAAAGAUAAUGUGCCUGUUCAGAAGACACCUUAAACCCUGUUGGUUAAGGCUUCUGGUUAAGCAGAAGGGUUUAAGGUAUGUUGUGCGAUAGAUUUUGCUAAACCCUGCUCGCUCACUAACCCCAGUAGGACCAUCUGCAGCAGGGUUAGUGGCUCUAACCGUGGCUUAAAGUGCUGUGUACAACAGCAAGGUUUUGUGGUUAGUGCUAACCCCAGAGAACCAGAGUUUCCCUAACCACAGAGCCUGAAGUGCUGUCUGAAUAGCCCCAUAGUGUUUAGCACAUCCAUGAGCCUGCCUGAAGGUGGGUAGAGGUCCCACCUUCCCACUUCCUCCCUAGGCCCAUCUACAACUAUUGACCUCCAGCUCAAGGCAAAUUAUUUACACAAACCUUGCAAUCUUUGACCCGCCCCCCUUAAAAGAACUGUCAACUGAUCAUGCAAUACUUCUCCUUACACAAAUCCAAUUCCUUUCGCUAUCUUCUCCCAGGCAUUUAAUAGCGUAUGUUAAGUUUUUAACUGACCCAGAAUAGUUGCUUUAAAUGGAUAUUUAAACUUGGGACCAGGAUAUCUGAGAGAGCGCCUUCUCCCUUACCAACUCAUCCGAGGGCCUGCUCCUGGUGGUUUCACCUAGAUUCAUCCUCCGAUUGGAAUCCACCAGGGGAAGAGCCUUCAGCGUGGUGGCCCCCCUCCUGUGGAAUUCCCUGCCUCUGGAGGUCAGGCAGGCUCCGACCUUGUACUCCUUUCGGCGCCUCCUGAAAACAUCUUUAUUCCAAGAAGCCUUUCUUUAACAUGCAGCCUUGGAUUUCUGAUUUUUGCUUCUUUUAAAAUUUUGUUUUAACUGUUUUAUUCUGUUUUUAUUUUCAUUUUACCUUGUACACCGCUCCGAAAUUUUUCAAUGGGGAGCGGUAUAUAAAUAUUAUAAAUAAAUAAUAUUGUAUCUAA